AUGGACAAUGAGCAACUUACCAAGGAGGAGGACAUGCACACACGCACAACCCAGACUGUGGCGCCCAAGCCCACAAGCGUUCUCCACAAAGGAGGCAGUCGGUCACCAAACGCCGUGACCACCGCACUCAAACAAAGUCUUUCCCAGCUCAGUAUGCGUGCUCGCGGCGCGUUUCCGUGUCUUUAUGGGCACUGCUCGGUGACGCCCACCAAUCAGCUCAGGUGCUGGGUUCGAGCACUGCAGCAGCUGGGUCUCCUUGAGCCUCCACUGCUACGUCCCCUACUAAAACAGGAGCGGGUCCUCUGGAAGGACCAUCACAGGGUGGCAAGUUGGAUGUUUGAGGAACCAAAUCUUCGCGUCUGGAGCACAGAAGCCAAGAACCACCAGGAGAAGAGCUGCUACUGGGAGUUUCAGGGAAAGAAAACUCUGGCAUAG